AUGAACGCCCAACUCAGCCUAGCGGUUCUAAUGACAGCAUCAUUUUCACAGCUUGUAGCUGGAAACACCUGGUGGUACGAUCCGGUAGUCGCUGCUGCCGGUGCUAACACUCUUGAAAGCUCCGCAAGCAUGUCCGAUGGCUCUGGUCUACCUACCACGGUCCUCAAUGCCACCGCUGCUAGCACCGGAUUCCCCGAUCAAGGACCUUCAGGACCUUCUGGAAACUCCACUGCCCUGCCAGGAGAUGCGCCAUCUUCUUCUGCGUUCGCCGACGGCAGCAGUGGCUCCGAUAACUCUACUUUGACAGCCGGUUCAGGUGGUAACUCUACCUCAAUUUACGGAAAUUCUACUGGUAACGCUGGUAGUAGCAACAACGGCUCUUCGUCGACUGGUGGAUCUGCCUCCAAUUCGAGUUCCAGCGGACAAUCUAGUCCUGAAAGUAGUGGAGCAAGUUCUGGAUCUAAGAAUUCCAGCAGCUCUAAGAAUUCCAGCAGCUCUAAGACCAAGGCAAGCUCAGGUGCUGCACAAGCUCUAGGUGUUCCGCUCAGUGCUGGUGCAUUGGCGGCUGCGAUGGCACUUUUGAUGUGA